UUGUUUAGACUCAGCUCGUAGCACUGCAAAGUGGAGUGAGAAAGUGUAUGUGCGCGGCACCGCCACACCGUCAUAGCAGCAAUCGCUGAUGAACAUCGACCGCGUCUUCGCGUGUGCGAGAGCCUACCGCCGAAAGGAUACCGCUCGCUCUCGCAUAACCGUAUACGAAAGCGAACGACGGCAUCGUCACGACAGGCAGAAGCAAGCGGCCAGCAGCAGAGCGAAAGGAGCGCGCACGAGAGAAAGACACGCGGCGGACGCGAGCGAGAACGGAACGUUGGAGUGCGUUGGAAAGUGCAAAACGCAUCUUUUUCCAUCAUCCCGUCAUUUCGGUACGCUUAUUUAAAUUUCCAACUUAGUUGUGUUCGAGAAACGUGACGCGAAGGAUGUUUGGUCAGCAGCAGCAGUAGUAAGCCAGUAGUGCGAUUGCCGGCCCCCGAAGAGCCAACAGCUGAAGAAUAGCCAAACCAAAAGAAACGGCGACCGCAAUCAGCGAGCGAGUAGUGACGGACAAAGGGAACGGAAACAAUUAGCUGAUUGUGUAUUAAUGCGGAUUUUUUUUCGGUCGUUUUUCGCUGAACGAGGAUCGUUCGGGUCCUUUUGUUCUAUCGCGCGAUUGUGAUCGCUGCACAGAGUGGAUUACCGAAGAUCUUGAAAUCGCUUGCAUUGGAUGUACUUUGAAAAGGACUACGUUUCUUGUGUGAUUAGUAAACUACAGCAUACCGGUGAAAUUUAAGAAGUGUGAUACGAGUGUUUUUUUACCAAGGAGCUUUUGCCAAGAAAUCCUGACUGCUCUCAAGUGACCAUUUCGGCGAAGAAAGUUGUUAAAAAAAAGUCUCCCAAGGAUUAUCCCCACAGUUCAGUAACUACUGUACAGUAAGUUUGGACUGCGAAACAAACAAGCCUUCUUACGGUUGCCCUACAUCAACGACGUACGUUUACCGUCUUGGUCGUCCUUUUUGCGCUUCACGGUGCUUCGGUUGACUCUCGUCACGAGGACGUGAGGGUUCGGCGAAAAAAAUUCGCCGCAAUAUAAUCACAGCUACCAACAACAACAACAACAGCUACAGAAAGUGAAGUAAGAAAAAAUCGUGAAGUGUGGCCCCCCUACUCCCUGCGGUAGUACGCGUCAGUUGAAGAAAAAACUUAGGAGCAGCGAAAAAUAACAUUUUUUUUUUCGGUACGAACCGGCCGUAUCCGCGAAAGUCGCGCGAACCCUCGAGAAAAUAUAACGACAGAAAAAAAAUAAAUAAGAAAGAAGAAAAACGCAGGGCCCGUGUGUUUUUGUGCCCGGUGUGUGCUUAAGUAAAUUGGUGCUCAGUGUCCUCGUCGUGUCCUGGUGCAAGCAAGGCCCAGGUCCAAUCCCAGCUUCGUGCUGUCGUUAGAUUUUCGCGCGCGUGUUAAGGCUGCCGCCUUCUGCACGGGGACCUUUGCAUCCCUGCCGCAGAGCUUCAGCCCAGAAGCCCUAAUCGUGGACCAGCAGCAGCAUCAGCCGCAAAGGCAUCACCGUGCUGCUCCCCAUCAUCCUGCGGCUUCUGCUUCUUCGUCCUCCUCUACCACUACCGCUGCAGCCCCGGUAGCAUCUUCACGAGCAUCACUAUCAGCAGCAGCAGCAGCGUCGUCGUAUACCAGCACCCUGCAACUCCAACAGCAACAACAGCAGUCCCCAGCAGCUCGUGCCGGUUGGGAUUGUAAUUUAUAUUCACGCACGACGACGCACUUCAAGAUGAUGAUGGCAACGAAGGGCAAACGCCCCCUGCGGCAUCUCACGGCAACGGAUAAGAUCGAUGCCAUCCAGCGGAUUCACGACGGAGAAUCCAAGGCAUCCGUUGCCCGAGACAUUGGCGUUCCGGAAUCAACCCUGCGGGGAUGGUGCAAAAAUGAGGAAAAGCUACGCUACAUGUCCCGCCAAUCGGCGGAAAAUGCGGAGAAGUUGACCAACGAAGCAACCGCUGCGGCCUUAACAGCCGUCGCAGCUGCAGAACUGUUCAACGGACCUCCGGAGAAACGUCUGAAACUCGAACAAGGUUUGUUCGGGAACGGGAAAAUGAAAUAUGACGAUAGUUUUUACAAAAGUCCCCGAGGACCCAUGAACGGGUUGGAUCUUAGCGGGGGCGACAAGGGGUUAGGUGUUUCAGGAGGGGACAUCAUCAUGAACGGACUGCACGGUGCCGACUUCAGUUCGUUUGCUAAGACAGCUGCGGAAAUUUCCGCCUUGAGUAAAUCCAAGGAACUUAAUCUUAAAGGAUACGGUGCAGAUCUUAGCAAGCACGGUGAUCCGAACAAAGCCGAUCUAUCGAUGGCCGCCAUCAGUCCGUUGACUAGUCUGAGUCAUCUGUCCGGAAUGUCCAGUCUGGCCCAAAGCCCAUUAGCGUUAAGCUUCAACGAAAUCGCUACAAAUCUAAAUCUGAUUGCACAACUCAACAACAAUCACAACUUGGCCACGAUGUCCAAUCUGGGAGGAAUGAGUGCUGCCCAAUCUCUGCGUAACGCGCGCCCCAAAGCCAAUACUAGUCAGAGCCCACGCACAUCGAGUCUACCGGAGUCCAACGGGGCUGAUAAAACCCCAUCGCUAACGGUUCGCAAUCUAGCCAAAUUGCAACAGAAAACAUCCGGUGAUCUCAGUAACGGUAUGCUCCAUGGUAUUAAUCUAAACGACAAAUAUAAACAACAAUCAUCUGCUGCCCCUCUAGGUCGCGAUCCUAAUGCACCGGUCGACGAAGCGCUCUGGUAUUGGCUCAAAUCCCAACAGGCUAUGCUCGGACUGAACAAUCUCUAUUCGUCAAUGCCCCGCCCAUCGAGUCCGCAACAAAGUUCCUCACCACCCCAGCAGCACCAGCAAGUCCAACAUCACCCGUCGACGCAAACCCCUACGCCACCCAUCGUAUCGACCCCUCAACCAACACCACCGUCAUCUGCCCCGUCCCUUACUCCGGAGGACACCAAAAAUUCCUCCUGGUUCUGGCAGUGGUACAAAACAUUCGGUGCGUCACUAAUGCCCGGGGACAAAUCCAACAACAACACCAUCAACGCCAAUGCCAACUCUAAGCCAACCUCGUACGAGAACAUCCUAUACUCUCAGCUCACCAAAGGCCAAAAUUCAACCGAUUCGCUCAACAACAAUGCUCAACCAAUCAAUCUCAACAUCAACAGCACAGCGGGACCGGAAAACGUUAAAUCCGAACCGGAAGAUCUCUCAAACCACAACAACUCCGCCGCCAACUUAAUUGUAUCCCCCGAGGACCAUAACCGCUUCAAUCCAAGCCCUUCGACCAGCUUGAAGUCGGACCACAAACCGGAAGACGGUGACGAACAGCCAGACUCGCACGGUGUCGAAGAACGACCCGCGGAACUAAACUGCAAUGGCAAAGUCAAGGAAGUGCUGGAUAAUCUCUUCCAGAAUCACAACAGCAACGACGAUCGAGCUAGCCCCUCGGCUCGCCAUUCCGUUAGUCCCGUGGUCAGUAGCAAUCACAACGGAAACAGUAACGAGGACAACGGAGACCUGGUCACCAGCAACGGUGCAGAUGAGCUGAAGAGUGACAUCUCCGAAGAUUCCAACCAGCUGCUGGCCGGUGUCGACAUCAAAAGUUCCGCCGAUGCGGUCGAACACGGUGAAAAGUUCCUCAAGUGGCUCGAAUCCUGCAGCGAUCCGAACGUAACCGCCAUGCAGGUCGUGCAGUUCAAGUAUUUGCUCAACAGUAUCAAACUGAGUGCCGAACGGCAGCAGCAGGCCGCAUCCUCUAGCACUGGCGGUGCUGGUGGCGAGGAACGCACCCGGGUACGACGGCGAAAGUAGAUCAUCUACCGUCCUAGCAGCGUGUUGUAAAUAUUGGUCCCCGCCAUCCCCCAGAGUCCAGUCUAAAUCAAAAACCGGAAAUCCGAUAUCAUUAGUAAACUGCAGAGACCGAGAACUAGCAGCAGUAGCUGUAGAAGUAGAAGCAAGCUCUAAUGGAAUAAGUAGUUAAAUUUUUCCCAUUUUUUAUAAAGUUUAUUAUUUUUGUUUCAUUCUUUGAUAUAUGUAUCUAUUGAUGAAGCGAAACGAAGAGAGAAUCAUGCCAGACAACGUUUUAAAGUUGUCGCGUAGAGCAGAGAGAAGGGCCAAACUCCUUCGCAUAUUUAUCACACCCCGACACUCUCUUUGACUGUGUAAAUAAAUACUCAUUGUUUAGCGGGAAGGAAACUCUUUCGAAUAAGAAGACGAAGAAACAAAAAAUAUGCCAAAUGUACAAGUUAUCGAGAUAUUAUUAAUAAUAUUAUUAUUAUUACCGUAACAAGCUAAUAGAAAUCGUUAAGUGUAAGACAAGUCCCCAAGACCGCAGAAACAAUUAGCCAAAUAAGGCAGAUAAACAAUGAAUUUUGAGAAGUACGAAACAAAAGAUAUGUGCUCAGAUCUCGUUUACAAUACUUUCUCCGUUUUGACGGAGCACAACAUUCCACCAAAGAUGCGCUUUCGUCAACUAAAUUGCUCCCGUCUGAAGCUUCCUGUUAGAGGAAAACCGAUACAGGAAACUAAUUCACUCAAUAUGCGAAAACAUACAAAAAAACAAAUGAAGAAAGAAACAAGACAAAAUAACAAAGCUCAAAAAUUGUCAAAAUCUAUUUGUAAACAAACGAAAAAAAAAAUGAUGCGUGGGAAUAGUCGACAAUCGCCUCGCGAUUAUGUCGCCUGGUACAGUUUAGGCUACCGCGAAGUUAGAUACAACUUUAGAAAAGUUGAGUAACAAUUUGACGAGAGGGGAAACACACACACACACAAGUUCUAUGUGAUUAUGCAUAUAUUCCUAAAGGAGAAAACAAUCCCUUGGUAAAAACAAAAAUGUAAAAAAAGAGUAGAGCACCGCACAGUGCUAAUAGAUUGGGAAGAACAUUCGACACACAAACAUGAGCGUAAUGUAAUGAAUUAUUAAAUGAAUUUAAGAAAAGUAAAUAAACUGUUAAAUUUAAAGAAAGGUACACAACUAAUUAUGAUCAUUAUUAUGGACAAAAUAUCGAAACCAGAGAUGACAACCUAGCAGUAAAAUGGAAAAAUAAAUUAUCAAA